AUGAGUUAAGUGAAAGAGGAAAAAUAAAUUAGAAAGCAAAUUGAUGGUCUCUCUUUUGUGAAAUUUGAAUGGAAAGGUGCUAAAUUUAACUUGUAGAAGUGUACAUUAUUUGAACCUGUUUACAUCUUUGCAAAUAGGCUGUUUGAGAGGGAGGAUAAAAUCUUUAAAGUAGAUUAAGAAAAUAUCGAAAACACAUAAAAAUUAUUUUAGAAACACUCGGAUUAAUUAAGAUUGUUGUAGGAUUUUAAAGAAUACUUGCUUAGCGAUAAAGAGUAUAUCCAUGAGUUUGUAUAACAAAAAAGAAAACAAAAGGAUAAUAUCAAUGUAGUAAAUCCACUGUAAGAAUAGGAAGAAUAAAAAUAAGACAUGCAUUAGAGUAAAUUAGCAGAUAAUUAGUAAUUUAAAGAGGAUUUAAGUAAAUAAGUCGACAUGGAUAAUUUAAUACUUGUGAUAAAUGAGUAAUCAGACAACAAAUUGGAGAAAAUUAAAUAAGAUAUUCACUAACAUCCAGACUUAAAAAAUGUUAUUAACAUGUCCCAUUUUAUGAACAUGAAUAAAUUUGGUUCCUAUAAGGACUUUUCUACAUAUUUAAAUUCACAACUUGAAGAUCUGGAAACAUAUUAUGAAUAGAAAUAGUAAACAAAAGAACUAAAAAAUUUGCAUUCAAAUAAAGAAUAUAUAUAAAGAGCUCUAUAAGGAUAAACAAAAAUAAUACUUUUUAAAGAAUAUAAAUAUAAUACUUUAUAUAUUGAUGAGAUGGAUAUCGAUGUUCCCUUUUAUUAGAAUCCAUAAAUUAUUUUUGUAUAUUACGCAAUUGCUGCUAAAGACAUACCAGACUUUAAUGAGAUUGCUAAUCGUCUGCAUUACUACCAUAAAUCUUCUCCUUAUAGUAUAUUCUCUAAUAUUUAAGAAAGGUUAAAGCAGAUUACUUUUAACACUAUUAAGGAUGCAAUUAGGUUAUCUCUUACUAAGGAUCUUUAAGACAAAAAAUACUCUGACGAGGAUGGAAUACAUUAAAUUUAACCUUCAGAGUACUAAGAGAAAAAGCUUGACAUGUGGAAUUCUUAAGAAGAUUGUGAGAAUUUGGUCUAUAAAAAUAUUUGCUCAUAUGGAUUACUGCCCGUUAAUGUGUAUUUGAAUAAUCAAGAUAUGACAAAAACAUAAAAUAUAAGACAAAAAGUACUAAAUGCAAUAUUUAAAAAAUUUAAGAGUAUGCCAUACCCUCCAGGAUUUCAUAUAAAUAUUUAAGUAAUGGAUAAAUUUUAUUCUUAUACAAGAAAUUCACUUUUUAAUUGUUAUGAUACGGAGUACAAAGAGAAAUUUUUGUCUUACUACUACACAAAAAUAAGAGUCCUUGAUUUCUUUCCUUUGGAUUAAUGGGUUGAGAAAUUAGCAGCUCAUUUUAAAAACAAUAUAAUCCCUUAAAUGAAAACAUAUUUUUAGAAGGUAAAGGGAUAAUUUUUUAGUUAAGUGGAUAAUAAUUAUGAAAAUAAAGAAUUAUCAAAUAAUGUCAGACACUAUUAUUUGAAGGAGAUUAUGAAUUAGACUGAUACAAUUUAGAUGAUCAAAGAUAUUAGUUACUAAUUUUUAAAAGAAUAUUUUUCAGAACUCAAAGUUUUUUAGAAAUGGUCUUAAAUUUUAACAGAUUCAGAAAGCCCUUAUAGAUUAACAGAUAACAAUUGCCAAACUGGAAUUUCAGAAUUAGUUAAUUAUCUAACUAAUGUUUUUGAAGAACACUACGAAAGCUGCGAUGAAGCUUACAAUUUAAGUGAAUUCAUAUACAAUUUAAAGAGCAAAUACUUAACGGUUUCAUAGAUUUCUUAAGACUUUAAAGAAAAAUGCUAGUCUUGGCUUAAUUUUGAGAGACCCUUUACAAAUUCUAUUUAUAAUUUAUAGUCAAUAAAUAUUAAUGAGCUUAUAUAACAGGAAGAUUAUAUUAAGUUAAUAAACGAUGAUCUCCUUAAAAAAUACCAACGAUUUUCUAGUAGUAUUAACAAAGAUUAUUUAGAUAUAUUUAUGGAACCUUUAAUUUUUGAAACACCUAUUCCAAAAUAUAAGUAUUUCUGUGAAAAAGCACAUAAAUAAUAUAUAGAAUUAAUUUAAGAUAAUGAAAGCCACAUAGAAAAAUUUUUUAAAGUAGCAGAAGAGUUUUUAGAGUGUUAAGAUUCUACAGCCGAAGAUAAAAUAUAAUUUGAUCACAUAAAAGAAAAGUUAGCAAGAGUGAUGUUUGAAAAAAAUUCAAAAUAGGCCUUGAUUGAAGAUUUUAAUAAAACUCAUAACAUAAUUAUUAAUCUCAUUAAAUUAGCUUAAAAUAAAAAAUAUGGUUUUUAAAAUGAAAUAAAUGAAGAAUAUACUUAAACAGCAUCAUCUACUUAGCUCUUAAACAUAAUUUCUGUCCUUACAUCUGUCUAUGAUAGCUGGUAUUUUUCAAGAAAAGGCAGAGUCAAUCUCUCAUAAGAUAAAGAUCCUAAACGAAAAUAUAAAAAAUAAUAUCAAGUAAAAGAUAUUCUAAAUGAAUUAUCAUAUUACUAUUAUAAUUCUGUAAGAUUAGCAAAUGAAGUAUUAUUUAAUAGCAAUGAUUAAUUUUCUGUAAUAGGUCAUUUGCUUAUAAAAAAUCCAGCCAAAUAAGUUGAUUCUAUUUAUAAAAAAUAAUCCUAUAAUAAAAGUCAAAUAAAAAAAACAAACGAAUCUCUUAAUAGUAAAACUGAAAAUUAAUGA